AUGCCAAAAAUAAUUGAAGUAGAAACAACUUUGGAUAUCAAUCAAGAUAUUGAAACCAUUCAAAAAUGUUGUUCUAGAUUAGGAGAAUUGUAUAAAUAUUUUACACAAGAUGGACAACAACAACAACACGAAAUUAGUGAAGCAGAAUUAAAGGCAACAUAUGUUGCAAUUAUUAAAACCAAUCAAAGAACUAUUGAUAACAGUCAAUCACCAGAGGAGAGAAAACACUUUACAGAUUUCAAUGUAAUAAUUACUGAAGCUUAUAAUAUUUUAAGUGAUCCAAAUCUAAGACAACUUUAUAAUGAACAAUUCUUUAAAAAAUUAAGUGAACAAGAAAAACAAAAUUUUAAAAAAUUACAAAACCAAAGAAUAUUAGAAAUGAUUAAAUAUGGUUUUUUAUUUUUUUCAUAUCCUCCAAUCGAAUUAAUUACACGUCAAUUUUCAAAAUUCGAAAGUAAUUCAACCCUUUCAUCAAUUGUAAAAUCAAUUUACAAACAUGGUGGUGUCACCUCUUUAAUGGUUAGACCUCUAGUAAUUGAAAAUGUUUUUGCAACAUUAAUCGUUGUAAUUGAUGAAAUGGCCCUCGGUGGUUUUGUAGGUGCCAAAUGGAGUCAAGGACCUCUUAAAGUUGUUGCUUCCGCUUCUGCAUAUAGUCUUUUAAUGUAUCCAUUGAAAUUUCUUACCAAUGUUAUUAGUGUUGCCCCAUUUUCUAUGCCAUUAAUUCAAAUCAUUAAAAAGAUCAUUUUAAGAGAGGAUCAAGGUAAUGGUUUACAAUAUAAGAACCUUUUCCAUGCAUUCUUGCCAAGUUUAUUUUUGUAUGGAACAACUAAACUAAUUAAAAUUUCUCAAAGAGCACUCCAAAAGAAAAUUCAAGAUAAAGAAAAAGAGAAUCCAAAUUCAAAAAUUUAUAAAAACCUUUCUUUAUUGGUUUGUAACAAAAUUACAAGUACUCUCAUAACAACCGCUUUAAAUUGGCCAUUAUUCAUGUUACGUUAUCAAUAUUCUAAUGAAUUUGUUCAAUCAUACCUUUCAGGUUCACCAAUUCCUAUUGUUAUAAAUCCAAUCUCAAUGGCUAUUAAAGUUUACAAACAAUAUGGCUUGAAGAAAUUCUAUACUGGUGCUCUAUCAAUAGGUUUAAUAAAUGGGUUUGCUUUUAUCAGUAAUAACCUUGAUGCUGACACAUCAUUGAUUUUUGAUAAUUAA